AUGUGUAACGUGUACCGACGUUUCGUCGACCACUUCGCCCAGAUGUCGGCGCCCAUGACGUCCAUGCUCAAGAAGGUGGAGCCCGACCGGCUCCCCGAACUGGACGAAGAACGCAGGUCUGCCUUCGAAGCCCUGAAGACUUGCCUGAUUUCCCCGCCGAUAUUGCGACUACCGUGGCUGGGGCUACGGUAUUCCCUCGACACGGACGCGUCUGACGCCCAAAUCGGUUGCACGCUAUUAAAGAAACACGAUGAUGGUAACAGAUAUCCCAUCGGGUUCUGGUCUCGGACGCUCUCGUUGGCGGAAAGGAAUUACUCCACGACGGAGAAAGAAUGUUUGGCCAUUGUAUGGGCCAUUCAGGCGCUGCGUCCUUACUUGGGACGCGAGCGAUUCACAGUUAACACCGAUCAUCAUUCCCUCCGUUGGUUAAUGAAUCUCACCGACGCAAGCCGGCGUUUAGCACGGUGGCGUUUACGCCUAGCCGAGUUCAACUUCGACGUCACGUACGUGAAGGGCAUCAAGAAUUGUCUCGCCAACGCCCUUAGUCGAAUACCGGCUACAGGGGGCACAACCGUCCCUAUCGACGAAGAAAUACCGUGCUUCUCCGUUUUGGAACGGAUGCUUCGCCCUCGCAACCCGGCUUCCAAGGCCGCAAUUACACACGACGAGAUUGUACUCACUCAACACUCCGACCCGUUCUGUAAGGAGAUCACUUGUCAUCUUCAGGAGGGGGAGGGAGUGGCCCAAAUUCGCCUUUUCAAGUUCUUCAUGAACAAGAAAAGGGUAUUUUUGAUGUAUCUGGCCCAUUACCCCGCCGCCUCGGGGCAUCCCAGACGAAGGCGUCUGUCCUACACGUUAAGACAACGAUACUACUGCCCGAGCAUGUUGGUAGACGCAUACGCCACCGUCCGAAGGUGCUCCGACUGUGCGAAAGCUCGCAUUAAAUUGCGCAAACACAACGCUAAGCUGAAAACGUUCCCUCCGAUGGGACAUUUGGAGUUUAUCACCAUUGACAUCUUAGGCGAACUCUCCAGAACUCCAAGAGGUAAUCGAUACCUCUUGGUAAUAUCGGAUCGUUACUCAAAGCUGACCCGAACGGUGCCGCUGAAGAGAAUAACCGCCGAGACCGUUUCUCAGGCGUUUGUCACCCACUUGGUCUUCGUAUACGGAGCCUCAGUGAAGCUACUCUCCGACAACGGGAGUUAA